AUGCCGGCAGCGCCGACCGCUGCGGCAUCUUCCGCUACGCUUCAUAAUGGGACUCAAUCUUCGACCCUAGUUCCCGUUUCUUCUCCAGCUCCUGCCGAGACUUCGGAGGAGUUGACCGUGGAUUCUCUGCGCGACCUUCUCGCUGAUUCAGCUGACGCAACGGUAGGCUCCGUGAGGACUGCUCUCUUGCCGUACUUGACGCUGAUGGCGCCGUAUCAGGUCCAGCUCAGCAUCUCGCCUCCACUUCAGGGUGACAUUCGCACCCAGCGUCGUCUGAAUGACGCGCUCGGCUUCGACCAAGUGCUAGCGGUGGUUCCACCUCUCUCCGACACGUUGCAGAAUCUUCCUCAUGCAGUCGGCGAGCUCACUGCUCAACUCGAGAUUUCUCGAGAAGAAGGUGCAGCUGCCAAGCGUGGACUUGUUUCUUUCCAGCUCCGAGUUAAGUCUAUGGAGACUCUUCUCAACAAGUCGACGGCUUAA